AUGGCCCAAGAAGCUAAGGGGGUGCUCAAGUGCGAUAACGGGCAUCCCAAAUGCAUAAAUUGCCAACUGUAUAACACGGACUGUGUUCUUGGAGACGACAAACGAAGAGCCCAAUCAACGAAAAAGACCAUCAAUGAGCUCACCGACCGUCUGGCCGAAGUUGAGGCACGCUUGGCUCAGGCUUCAAAGGACGAGAGCGUUUCUGAAAAGGCUGCUGUGAUAGACAGACGCACGCCCCCAGAGGCGCUGAUUGACCCUUUUCUGACAGCAGGACAAGAACUGAACCCUCCGGCAACUGCACAUGGCCCUUAUAGCACGUCAAUUCCUGACUGUUCUGCCUCGACACCGAUCGUUUUCCGAGACAUGGAUCUGGACUUCUGGGAGCAGGUGGAUGAAGAGCUGACUGGAUUUCCCGACCUGGAGCAAUCGUCAAAUAUGGGCGCGGCAUACGGAGCCGGAGUCGAAUCUAUAUCACCGUUGUUGGAUAACGUGGGACAUGAACAACUUCUUUCACGGAUCUCGUCCGUCACAUCGGAAGCAAGCCGGAAAACAAAGUCCAGAUCGCCUAGUCAAAGCCCCGGAGGCGGUCCUAACCUGAAUGCAAACAGUCUCGACCAGAGAUCGCAGACCUCGGAGGACGACAUCACCCAGCAGAUAUCGAAACGGCUGGGUCGUAUGUGUCUGGCGGAAGAUGGACACAUGCGGUACUUUGGGGCCACAAGCCAUUUGUCGAUGCUUCCCAACGACCUCAGAACCAUUUACCGACCAGAUAUGCACAGUUUCCGGGAGGAAAGCGAGAUCGUGGUCAAACGGGCGCAUUUAGGCUGGACUCCAGACCCCGAAUACGAGCUCCAUCUGACACGUCUCUAUUUUGCGUGGCACAACACUUUCGUCCGCGAAGCGAACAAGGAGACGUAUUUUGAGCAGAAAGAGCUGUACUACCGGGGCUUUGAAACCGCGUUAUUCUCGCCCGCACUCGAGAAUGCAGUUCUCGCCGUCGGCGCAUUGUAUUCGACAAGACGGCAUGCUGCCAUCCAGGACAGCGCCUCCGACUUUUUCGGCGCAAGGACCCGGUUAUACCUAGAGACGGAAAUGGACCGUCCGACGAUAGCCACAACACAAGCAGCAGUGAUUUUGUCGGCUUUUGAGUCGGCCAACGGCCGUGACUCUCGAGGUUGGAUUUACUCAGGUGUCGCCGUCCAGAUGACCACGGAUCUCGGGCUGCAUCUCCGUCUCGGCGCCAACGACGACUAUCUUGGAAACGAGGAGAACACUCCAGCUCUUGAAGACGUGCGUAGAAGUCUCUUUUGGACUGUGUACUCUGCCGAUAUGAUGCGAUACGAUGCCCCUCGUCUGGAUGCGUUGAACGAGAGCGAUUGGCAGCCGUUUGAUGCAGACGGCACACCGAUGAAGCUACCACCUGCUUUCGAUGCUUCUGGUAUUGGUUCCGUUACCGCAUGUGUUGUGCAGCUGGCGAUCAAGCUGCGAAAGAUCUAUGAAACACUAUACGGCGGCAGCGCUUCUGUCUCGGAAGAUGCUAAGCUCUUCGUUCCGGCCAUGGCGAAACAACUCCAGCAGUGGCUGGCGGCGUUGCCUCCAGCGCUUCACGUCGACUACGGAGAAGAACAGCCUUCUCCGGUCCCAGCACCGAUCGUGCUCCAGCUUCACAUAUUAUACCAUCAGAUCCUGAUCAUCCUCAAUCGACCGUUCGUCGUGCACGAAUCAGACUCGGAAAUCCUUGCCGGAGAGAUGUGCACCAAGUCCGCGGGCAUAAUAUGUAAACUGCUGCAGGUGUUCAAAGCCAAUUACGGACUCCGAUAUAUCAACGUCCAGGCGGUCGCGUCGACCGUCACGGCCGGGGUCGUGCACGCUUACGACAGCUGCAUUUACUCGGGAGCGAAGGGCAAGGCGGCGCAGCAUAACUUUGUCGUCUGCAUUCAGGCACUGGCCGAGAUUGGCCAGUCCUUCCGAAGCAGCAUACACGGACUGGAAGUCAUCACCUCGCUGAGACGGGCCUGGCAGCACCAGAUGUUCAAGGAAACAAGAGCGAAACGCCGCUGGAGAGGGUCGUCGGAAAUGGGAGGAGACCAUCUGCAUCGGACUCCAAGCUAA